CCGGCGCCUCCCUCCCUUCGCUGCGGCUCCUCAAGAUCCCGAGCCCGGGGGCGGCCUGUGGCGCGAGGCGCCCGCUCCGGACCGAGCGUCUUCGGACCUUAAGAGGAACAUGCAUUCGGCUUGGACAGUUUAAGAUUCUUAGUUUGGGGGCUCCCGCUCGCUUGCUUUUUCCACCCGGCGGAUUUUUUCUUUUUGAGGAUUUUUCCCCCCUCCUUUUUUCAUUUUCUCCCCUCGGGGCUCUUUUGUGACUCUUCCUCCCCUCCAGCCCCCCGCCUUUAUGUUCGCCCAGCCCUCCACCCGCUUCUGAGUAGUGGGGGAGGGUCUCGGCCUCCACGUUCCCGCCCCACCGGGGCCCCGGCGAACAUGGGGGGCAAGCAGAGCACGGCGGCCCGCUCUCGGGGCCCCUUCCCGGGGGUCUCUACCGAUGACAGCGCCGUGCCGCCGCCAGGAGGAGCGCCCCACUUUGGGCACUACCGGACGGGCGGCGGGGCGAUGGGGCUGCGCAGCCGCUCGGUCAGCUCGGUGGCGGGCAUGGGCAUGGACCCCAGCACGGCCGGAGGGGUGCCCUUUAGCCUCUACACCCCCGCCUCCCGCGGAACCGGCGACUCAGAGAGGGCGCCGGGUGGCGGAGGGUCCACGUCGGACUCCACCUAUGCCCACGGCAAUGGUUACCAAGAUACCGGCGGCGGUCACCAUAGAGACGGGAUGCUGUACCUGGGCUCCCGAGCCUCGCUGGCGGAUGCUCUACCUCUGCACAUCGCACCCAGGUGGUUCAGCUCGCACAGUGGUUUCAAGUGCCCCAUUUGUUCCAAGUCUGUGGCUUCCGAUGAGAUGGAAAUGCACUUUAUAAUGUGUCUGAGCAAACCUCGCCUGUCCUACAAUGAUGAUGUGCUGACUAAAGAUGCGGGUGAGUGUGUGAUCUGCCUGGAGGAGCUGCUUCAGGGGGACACGAUAGCCAGGCUGCCUUGCCUGUGCAUCUAUCACAAAAGCUGCAUAGAUUCAUGGUUUGAAGUGAACAGAUCUUGUCCAGAACACCCUGCUGAUUGACCCUGCUGGGCCUGCUUACGGACUCCUCUCAAAGGUUUAUUUUAUUUAUUCCAAGUAAAUGCCCAGAACAGCUGACGGUGUCAGGCAAAUCAGGGACAUUGGCUCUUUUUACCCUCACCUCAAAAUCUGAUGACAAGCAAGGGAGAGUGAGGCAGAGGGAUUGGAUCCCAGCUCCAGAGUGCAGGUCCAAAGUGCCGGCAUGAUGUUUGGCUUCGAUGGGCCUGCCUGGACUGAACCAGAUGCCCCAGCCGACAGCCUGCCCUCAGGGGGACACACGCUGCUGCCACCGUGCGAUGGAGCGGCAACUCUCAGCAAGAUGGAGCGGGACUGACUUCUUCCGACCCACACAGGGACAGCCAGCCCCUGUUCCUGGGAGGAGGUUCCUCGGACACUGGACAGAGCUGAGCUUGGGACACCAGAGAGAACAGGGCACCCUUCUGCACUGACUUCCAGAAAAUGGUCCUCGCUGAGGACACCCAGUGGAUGAGAGUGAGUCUGAGAGAAGAAUGAAUUGACCUCUAUCCUUCCCCUCACCCUCGACCCAGGAGGGAAAGGGCAUUUUCUUUUUCACCUUUGAAAGGCGUGUGGGUCUGUCUUUAAAAAGUGUUUACAAACAACAAAAAAUUCUAUAAAAAAAAGUCUCGUGUCGACUGGUGUUUUCCCUUGUGAUGUUUACAGACUGCUGUUUGCUGCCUAGCUAAAACCCACUCAGUGACAAAAGCAAGCAUAGCCAUGGCCUCACCUCUAGCACUCUGAGGGCGGGCGGACGGGCGGGUGGACAAGCGGGCACACGUCACUUACUUUGCCCAGCACCCCAGUUGGCUCUCUGCAUCACUAAACUUUCUACCUUGGGGGAUUCAUUUUUUGUUUUCUUGUUCUUCUGUCCCAUUUUUCUGGCGUGGUUUUGCACUUUUCUCCCCUUAAAUUUCUGAUAUCUUGAUUUCCUUGCCAAAAAAAAGAGGAAGAUGAAGAGCCCAUCCCAGACACUUCCCCUUCCGUCCCCACCUCCACCCUGCCUUUCUUUCCAGAUCUGAUCCCAUCAGAGGAUUUAACAAUCACAAAUACACUGAAAAAAUGCCUGGACAUUUUUCCUAGGCCCUUGUGAAUUUUUUUCUGAGAAAACUUAGACUUACUACAGGACUCUAUGUACUGCAACCCCGGUUUCCAGGCACACGGAACUAUUUUAGCCAUUGAUAUUCACACAUGACAUCAGCCCAUGCAGGAUAGGUUUCUGUAUUUAUAUAUUAAAAUCCAAAAAAAAAAAAAAACCUUACAAAAAUGUUUUAAAACUGUUCAAAACCUAGGAGAAAAGCUUAUCUUCAUCAGUCAAGGUGUUUUGAUAUGGUAUUAAAAUAGUGUGUAAUAAAAGAUGCACCGUGUGGUUUUAUUUUAGUGAAGUGUUGUUACACAGUCAAAUUGGAAGGCAAAUGCCAGUUCCCUCUGUCCACCUCCCAUCUCACACCCCCUCAGCACCUGUAAUGGCUUAGCCACUCCUAGCCAGAGGCUUGACAUGGUGGCUUGGCUGUGUCUUUGAAAUUUAUAAAUUCUUAAGCAUCA